CACACACACACACACACGUGGAAAAGUGAGUGUCAGCUCAGCGCUCGACGGCCAAGUCAUGACUUGCAGGCACACGGUCACCUCUCAGUCUGACAGCAUCGGGAUCAUCCUCCUGGUGGAUUAGGACAUUUGUUGGUGUUUGGCUGUUUGAUCUGCUGGGGGACGACCAGACAGGAUCCCAGUCACUGCCAGCGACAUGGACUCCAGCAUGGCCCAGGCCCAGAGGACGCAGAAGAAGACCAGCACCAUGUCUCUGACCAUUUCUUCCUCCUCCUCUGCAUCCUCCUCUCGGGAGCACUCCUCCUCCUCCACCGCCACCAGCUCCUCCUCCUCCUCCUCCUCCACCUUGCUCGCUCAGAGACACUCGAGCCUGGUGCAUCCGUUGUGUGUCAGCCCUCAGAGGACUCAGAGUCCUGUCUACAAUCAGCAAUAUUCAGGGAAAGGAGUGGCGCCAACAUUUGUUAAGUGCCUGCACGACGUGUCCACGGUGAAGGGUCAGCUGGUGGUCCUGGAGUGCCGUCUGAGGGGGACCCCUCCGCUGCAGGUCAUGUGGUACAGAGAAGAUGAACAAAUUCAGGACUCCGAUGAUUUUAGGAUAUUGCGCAAGAAAGGCAGUUCUCCAUCGGUGCCAGAGGAGCUGUGUACGCUGGUGAUCACCGAGGCUUUCCCAGAAGACUCCGGCCUGUUCAAGUGUGUGGUGCACAACUCCUACGGCACGGUUUCCUGCUCAGCCAUGCUGGAAGUGUACAACGACCUGAUGGAGCAGCAGGAAGCGCUAUCCUUCUGUCAGGAUAAUGAGCCGGAGUACCUCCAGGAAAGUGCCUCCUUUGGGAGAAGCAGUGAGGAUUUUCCUCCUGUACUACCUGACUGUGUGAACCUUCCUCCUCCAGAGUGGCCUGACAGCCCUUCAGAAGACAACCUCCCUGUUCCAGAUCUCCCCGAGCCUGAACCACCAAAGCGCUCCACAGAGGAGCCUUUAGCUGGCAGCGAGGAGGAACGUGAUCCAAGAUCACCAGAAGUUACUGUCCGAGUGCUCACACCGAGUCCCCCUCCUCCUCCGCCCUCACCUCCAGCACAGGUCAAGGAGAAAACCCCAACACCCAAGCUGUUCACGCCUAGCAAGUUGAACUUCAUGUCCUCCCAGUCACAAGGGAACAACAUGAACCUAUCAGACCUGCCCAGCUUUACUGCCAGCGCCUUCCCUCCCAGUGCCUUCAAUUACGAGCGACCAAGGCACUUCAUCCAGUCACAGCCGGCCUUUCAGGCUCCCAGCUAUGAGAGUGUGCUGAGGGAUGCCCAGGAGAACCAGAAUAACCAGCAGAACCUCAGCGGCGCCCAGAAUAGUGCAAACGUCCUGGAGGUGCAGGGUCAGACGAAGGCGAAUCAAAGCCAGUCAUUUUCUCAAGCUCAGUCGGUGUCAAAGUCUCUGUCGCAGACCCAGUCCCAGUUUCAGUCACUAAGCCUGAAUCAGAACCAAACCAGGUCACUGGCCCACACUCAAAUCCAGAGCCAGACCAACGGAACCACCAAGUCCUCGCCUUCUUCAUCCAGUCUCAACUCUCCUACAUCCACCUCCACUUCCUCCUCGGUGCCUCCUUUUCCGUCCAACACCCCCCUGCUCUCUCCCUCUGCCACCACCACCACCCCCUCCUCCUCUACCUCCUGCUCUUCGCUGCCCCGCGGCACCGUGCGUUCCACCAUCACUCUCACCCCCAGGGUUCCUAGCGCCACGGGCCUCGGCAGUGCCAGUUUGCCGGCGAACCAGGAUACGCUGUCAGCUUCUGCUGCGUUCCUCUGCUCCGUGCUGCCCUCCCCGACCUCUUCAUUCUCCAAACUGUCCCCCAACUCCAGCCUCCCCCACCCCUCCACCUCCCCUUCCUGCUCCCCGCUGACACCCUCCAGUCCCCUGCUUCCUCUGAGGACCUCCGCUUCCACGUCUUCCCUUCCUCAACAAGCUCUCUCAGUGUCUCCCUCCUUUCCUCAUUCUCCCGUAUCUCCUUCCUCAUCCUGUCAGCCGCAGUUAAACGCUCCCAGCAAUCAGAACCGGGUUCCUCCUGCUGUGGUCUCCCUGCCCGCCGGCUACAAGGCAACGCCCAACACCCUUCCUAAACCUAUCUUGAAGAAAACUAUAGCACCUCGGCCCUCCUCCUCCCGCUCCACAGACGAAGACAUCCAGGGCUCUAAGGAUGCCUUGAUUCAGGAUCUGGAAAAGAAGCUUCGCUCCAAAGAAGCCAAAAGAAGACACAGCCAGAAACUGUCCUAUGAGGAGCGGAUGGCUCGGAGGCUUUUGGGUCCAGACAAUGCUACUUAUAUGUUGGACCAAGACGGUCUCUCUGAUUUACAACUUGACCAGUCAGACUCUCCAGAAGGAAGACGCACAGGUGGACUGUGGGGGAGGCAGCACUCGGGGACAGACGACAGGAGCAACGAGGGAUCAGCUAUCCAGGAGAAAUGUUUUGCUCCCCGCUUCCUUCAGGUCCCCCCAGACCUCACAGUUGAAGAGGGCCGCUUCUGUAGGAUUGACUUCAAGGUCCGGGGCCUCCCGGCUCCAGAUAUCUCCUGGUACUUGGAUGGCAAAGCCAUCCGCCCGGACGAUUACCAUAAGAUGCUGGUGUGUGAGAAAGGGAUGCACUCUUUCAUCAUAGAGAUCGUCACAGUGCAUCAUGCCGGUGUGUACGAGUGCGUGGCCAAGAACCGAGCUGGAGAGAGCAGAUUCAGCAUGAGGUUGGAUGUUAUAGCUCAGGAAGCUCUCCGCCCUCCCACCUUUGUCCAAAAGAUGCUGAACACCAGAGCGCUUGAAGGAGACACCGUUAGGUUAGAAUGUAAAGUAGACGCUUCUCCACCUCCACAGCUGUUCUGGAAGAAAGACAAAGACAUGCUGCGCAUAGACCCCAACAGAAUGAGUCUGUACCAGGACGGCUCAGGACGGCAGUGCCUGCUGAUAGACAGAGUGACUAAGGCAGACUCUGGCUGGUACACGCUGUCCGCCAUCAACGAAGCCGGCUUGUCCACCUGCAACGCCAGGCUGGACGUUGGCACUCGCACAGCCCCGGCCAUGAAAACGGCGCCUCCUGGCUCGAAGACUCUGAAGCUGCUGUCUUCCCUGAGCCAUGCUCCUGGUCUGACGGCGGAGAGCCCCGCUCAGCACACGGCCCCGCUGUACGAGAGCGAGGAGCUGUAGACGUCGCCUCCUCAGCUGGCCUUCAGUCAGACCGGUACUACUGGACCCGGGCCUCUGGAGCCAGUGUUGUGUAAACACCAGGGAGCUCAGAGUUUUAGCAUCACACAAGCUUUGCUGAAGAGACGAGUGGAAAGCAGCGGAUCCUUUCCACCGUUCGUUUUUUUUUUUUAAAAAAAAGCCAUUUCUGAACUCCUCCCCCACAUCAGGCUUCAUGAUGUCCAGAGCUGCUUUGUUCUUUCAAAUAUUUUAAGGAUACUGGCCUGACACUUGGACCGUAUCGAAGCUACGCUGAGCAAAAUGUUGCUAAGUUAAGGUUACUGAAGCCAGCUUUUAGUGUGUCUGUCCUGGUUCUGUGUGUCUGUCCUGUCUGCUCUCUGCAGAAUGCAGCUUCUGGGCCAGAGAUGUAUUAUUAGAACUCUGCAAGCAUGGCAUGCUGCUGCAGCUCUGCUGCCCCACCUCCUCAGUGGCCAACCACGGUACUGCUUUCCCCAACACUGCCAGAACACUUGGUUUGCUCUGAAUGUUUUAUUGAAACCUUCCAGGACCUCAUCAGCGUAUAGAAAGCAGAAAAGCCCAGUCGAGGUGUAUUUUACAGGCAGGCCGAGCCCAGCUAGUGUUUGCAGGUAGCACACGGCAAUAACCAGCACUUCUCCAUGGUCAGGGUUACAAACCAAAAACUACACAAGGUGCAACUUUUUUUUUCUUUCUAUGACACGCUGCACUUUAAUGGCAAUAAAUACAUGCUUGACCAUCACUCAGCACCUGCCUCACCAGCUUUGACCGUGUUAGUACCAGACAUCUGAGUUACUGAAUUACAGCUGCUGCCUCUGAGACGUCUGGAUCCCCCCAAAUGUUCACUGCUCAUUUUCUGCUGUAUCGCACAUCAAGCCUGGUAUGUGCUUGAUACCGUUUCUACAUUGUUUAUUGAAUGUGGCCUUUUUAAUUUAAAUGUAUCAGAAGUGAGGCUUCCUGUUGCCUCUUGGUUUAGAGAUGACAGGUGGACAGAGAACAGGCUGCUAUUCUGAUACCCAGCCGGGACGCCCUCUACGUUUACAUUUGAUCACAUCUGCAGUGCAGAGACGCUGUUGAAGCUUGACUAUCUGUUGCAGAUCCUGUAAUCCUCAGUGUUUUGAGUUUUAAAAAUGGGCAUCAGCCUGCAGCUGGAGCCCACCUGCUUUCUCAGUGAUUUGCUCGCUGCACCAGUUUUAUUAAAUUAAAUUUUAAAUAAAAACACUGCACCAGUUUUAUUUUUAAUUGUAUGUGCAUGUAAGGGAAUUUCUUCAGUCUGACUUUUUUUUUUUUUUGGUAAUCUCCACUAAGUUAAAAUUGGAGCCUUAAGAGCAACUGCAUUUUCUGGUUUACAUUUAACCUAAGCUGAUACGGUUUGGCUGUCUUGUACUUGCUGUGUUUAAUGGAAUGAAGGCGUCUGGCCGCCGUUACAUGUUCUAACACCACAUGUAGAAAUUAUACUUCACAUGAUAUUUGAAACUGCAAAUAGAAGUGAUUGUAGGGUACUGAUUGUGAUAUAUUACAAGAUAAGUAAUAAAGUUUUAUUCUGA